UUGACGGUGUGCCAGCGUGCCGCGUGGUAUACGGGCGAGAUGGAUGCAGUGCUGUGCUCCGCGUUGUCCGCGGACAACACAGUCAGGCGGGGAGCGGAGGCGGCGCUAAGCUACGCUAGGACGCAGCGAGGCUUCGCAAUAGCGCUCGCGAAGCAGCUCGCUUCCAACUACCAUCCUCGUGGGGCUUAUGUUGGAGAUGGAAAUAUGGCAAGGGCGGCACCGGCGGCGGAGAGGGAGCGGGACGGAAUGUGGAUGCCCAUGCGGCUUAUGGCCGGGAUGCUGCUGCAGCACUUCGUGAGGGACCGGUGGGAGCUGGCCGACGAUGCCGUGCUUCCCGCAGAGGACAAGAUCCAGCAAGCGUAA